AAUUAUCAUCUUAAAGCGGCACAUCUUCCCUUUCACCUUAUACUCAACAUAUGGACACCAUUAGAGCUUUCAUCAUUUUGUUGAGACUUUUUUUUACUUUGACUAAAUGGGAAAAGAUUACAAUUAAUUGAUUCCAAACGAUGUUCACCAGUCUAUAUCAGUCAAAUCACUGUUCGUUAUAGCUAAUUGUGCCCAAUAUGUUUGGUUAAGGGAUUUUGUGAUCCUUUAGAAGAGUAAAGAACAAAACAAGUUGUCUUAAUGAAGUGAAGUAACCAAGAAGAUUAUCAUUAUUAUUGUUGUGAUGAUGGUUAGAAUGAUGUUUUUUGAUUAUUAUAAAAGGUCUCUUAACCUGGGAUCAACAUUUAAUUAUUAUUGGUGUUUUGGAGUCACAGACAGACACACAAAUACAAUCAAAGAUUCAAGCAAAAAAACAAUCAAACAAAAGUCAUGUUUAGCAAAAAUCCAUGAGCAGUUGAUGAUUAGCAGUUGAUGUGAUGCACUCAUUUUUACCCUUUGAAUUGCCCACGCAAAUUUCAAUUAGUUAAUUAACACCACAAUUGGUUAUUAGGGCGUGAGAUUCGAACUAAAAGCAGAAGAUUAAUUUAAUAUUUGAAGGUAAUAAACGCCUUAGAUGAUGAACACGAGCUGAUGCUGUUUGUAUAUAUUUAUAUACCUAUUAAGUCAAAAUUGGACACAAAUAUAAACACUGAAAGAGAUGUUUAAUAAACAUUAUCAUCAUAAAGAAUGGCAAGGAUUGUAGACAACAAUUGAUUAUCUAAUCAUUGGCCAGAAGAAACAAUGAUGAAAGUUAACAAUCACCGUUUACUAAUGCAUUUGGUGGCUUGCAUGAGAAGAUGAAUAUUAUUCAGUUAUUAUCAAAUGACCUUAUCCAUUGGAGGUGAAACUAAUCGCCAAUAACAAUUACCAAUAAUAUUAAUGGUUAACUGAUAGCCUUGGUUUGCUUAAAUCGUGUAUAUUGAUUAAUCAAAUUGAUCAAGAAAGUUAAUUAUGCCCAAUGUUGAUAAGAAUGGAAAACAAACCUUUGUACAAACGAAUCAAUGGUGUAAUUCAAUGGGAACCUCAACCAGUUACCAACACUGAAUGAUUUGUCCAUUGUAAAUAUACAAAUAUGGUAUUUCCAUCGAUGAAACAAUAACCAGUUGUAAUCAAAACAGAAACGAGAUGAUAAGUCAAGACAAUCAUGAUGAUGGCAAUGAGAAUGAUGGCAAUGAAGAUACCUUUUUUUGUGUGUUCGGAUCAAUAUCACUUUGAUCUUAGCUUAAAUUGUGUGUUUAAAAAGCUUUAAACUUGCAAACUGUUUCUCACCAAACAAUCAUGAAUCUGCAAAGUUAAUGAUUCGUUUAAAUAAACAUCAUCAGCAUCUUGAUUGUAAUCCAUCUUCAAUAAACUCAGUUGACUGAAUUACUGAUGUACAUGAUUAUUAACUGUUGAUCAAUCCAACCAUGAGGUAACUCUGAAGCCAGGAAAACUGAGGUUGAUCAUCAACAAGAAGAACAACAACAUUUUUAUGGCCUUGGAAAGUAAAGAAACACACAUUCCAAUUCAAAUGAGCUCUUACAAUUAAGGAAUGAAAGUCUUGUUAUGUAGAGCACCUCUAUGGACGUUAACAGGAGAGAGCCCAAAAUGAGGAAGAUAAUGAUGAUAAUGAAGAUGAUAAUAGUGAUGGGGAUGAUGAUAAAACAAAACUGUAUCUACUAGCGUUGCUGGGUCCGAUCGUGAGGAUGAAAUGUUAGUAUGAUAAAAGAUGAUGUAGAGAGUUGGUAACCACGCCAGUUACCUGACUCACCUUCUCGCUUUCAUCUCUUCAUCUUCACCAACAAAAACAACAACACCAUCAUCAUCAUCAUCAUCAUCCCUUCCUCUUUCUCCCUCAAUGAUUCAUCUAUCCUCUUCUCUUCUUUCUCCCUCCUUCUCUCUUUAGAUGAUCAUCUUCUUCUCUCCUCUUUUUUGCUUUCAUUCAUAUUCAUUCCAACCAAAGUCCAUUAGACAGUAAAGUUACCUGAACACAACUCAUCUCCAAUUUCAUUUAAAAAAACUGAUAUAACUUCUUGAUGCUAAAAACUCGUCUUCAUCAUCUUCCAACGUGGUAUACCUACAAGAAAAAGAAACUAUCGGUGAAAUAAAUUCCUCUCCUUUUCAUAUAAAAUAGUGAUAUUAACGCAAACUUACCCUUUUUAUCGCAACCUUUUUUUGUGCUAGAAAAAAAAGCGUUUUAUCUUCUCUUUUCCCUCCAUUGGCCUUGGAUGACUAUUAAAGCCAAGUUUAUCUUCUGACUCUUUCUCUUCUUCUUUCUCUUUCCUUGCAACGCACUCCCUUUAAUUGUUACCAUCUCUCUCUAUCUCUCUCUUUUUUUUCUUCAUGCAUUUCUUGUUCAACAAAAUCUUAAGAUUUUGAGCGCGCCUUGCUGUACUUCAUGCUAUUUCAUUUUAAAAGUUACUUCUUGUUGUGUGUAAAUUCCUGUUUAAGGUCAUUGGAGAAAUCAUUUGAGAAAAUCUUGCUUUCAUUUCUUGAUUUCACAUUUACAAGACAACUUUACAUUUACGUAAACAGCAACAAGUGAAUUCCAACACAUGUUAUAUUACAAAUCAAUUGGAUUAACUGACUUCUCUUCUUGUUCAAUUUGUUAAAUAUUUGUAGUUUAUUUACCAACCAAGUGAACGUUUCAAUUUUACAAGGGAAGAAGUUUGGGUAAAGAAGAAACUGCUCUACUUUAAAGCUAAUCAUGUCUCAUAUAUAUCAUGGACGGAGUCCAACAUCUAGAACUCAAUUUCCCAUCAUUGUGACCAAGGCUAAACAUAUUUUACCGCCCAAGAGGACCUCAUCAACAUCAUCAUCAUCUCGUCGAACAGGAUUAAGUAAAAGUAAAUCAUCUCGAUUGUCUAAUAUAGCUAUUAUAAGUCAAAUGAAUGGCCACCAUAACUAUCAUCAUCACCUUAAAAGUAACUCAUCAAGUCCAGUUGAUGGUAAAGGACCAUUGAAUGGAUCACCAACUAGUGAAGUUUACGGUAGUGUUAACCGAAAUGGUUCAUCUGCUUCGUAUGGAUCCUCUUAUCGUGGAAGUGACAAAAUGUAUACUCGCAAUAAGGCAACUUAUAAAACCAAUUUGAAUGAGGAAAUCAACCGGAUGUAUAUUGAAGAAGGCCUUAAAUCAGGUCUGCUGGAGAAAACCAAAAUUAAAAAACCUGAUGGAACUGGUAACGGUAUUAAUGGUGUUGGUGGUUACAGUGAAACUGAUGGUGCUUCUGACGGUACUGGUCGUUCUAAUGGGAAAUUAAUCAAAGGCAAAUCAUCUUCAUCUAAAUCAAAAUCAAAGUCACAAUCGAAAGGAAAAAAACGAACUGUUAAAGAGUUACAAACAUUCAUCAUGAGACGCAUUUUAUUAUGUACCAAUAUUGUUAGUUUACUGAUUGGUAUAGCCUCUCUGGUAGCCGCUGGAAUCCUUGAUCCUCAACCUCUUCACCGAAUCGGUACAACAGGAGGCCAAGUAUCUCUGGCAUCAAUCUAUAUCAUCUUUGUUUCCCUCGUUGGCCUCUAUGGAUCGAGGCUAAAAAAUUAUCGUCUGCUGUUUAUUUACGCUUACACAUUAUUGACUGGUUUAGUAUUGAGAUCGUUUGCUGCUCUUCUCUCUGUGUACAUCUAUCACAAUGCUAACCGACUUAUAUUUUCAAUGCUUUUCGCCAUAAUUGAAGUUAUUCUGAUAUUCAUGGGUCUUGCUGUAGCAAUUGAUCUUAAAGAGGAACAUUUGCGUAAACUGUUUCAACAAUCAUCGACCAAUACGUUCAAAGUUUAACAAAUUAGUUUCUCUUCUAAAGAAAUGCAAACUGUCUUUUUUAACCAUCUAAAUUGUGCCAUCAAGGAAAAUCAGGAGAUGAAUUAAUGAUUCUUCAUCCUAUUUACUUCUAAUCUUCAACAUUGUUACCUCAACAGACACAAAAAUUUCUCCCGAUAGAUCAGUCAAUAUUGUUGAUCAUUCAAUUGAUUGUUUUUUAUUGUUACUUGUCAUAUUGUUAUUGCCUACAAUUUUCCCUCCUUUGGGGAAAGUUUUUCCUUAUGCGGUGAAACCUGUUGUUCCAAGUUUUUCUGGUUAUUAUGUACAUAGUGUACAUAAGCUUACAACAUAAAAAAUGAACAAAUUGACUUUGUUUUCCUCCAGAUGCUAAGAGUAACAGCUCAAUCAAUGCUGAAUCAACACUAGAAAAUUGUUCAAAUAUGAAUUUGAAUUUAAGGACAAUGUUGCUUUGGCGAAUGUUUACUUAUUAAUCCGUCCAUUGACACAAGGAAAGUAGACUAAAAUUCACUAUUAAUCAUCUGAUCUCAAAAAUUUAUGAAGUUGGAUGAAAUGCAAUCCAAUUAAAAGUUUUUUUCAACAUUGAAUUGCAAACAUUUUCGGGAAAAACAAAUAGUCAACAUUUAACGACUUAUGGUCAAUUAUCGUCAAAAGGAUCAAUACUGCAAAUACUGCAAAUUGGUUAAAGUGAAAUACUGAUCUCGAUCCUUUAACGGCUAUUAUCAAGUAAAUUUUGGACCUCGACUUCAACCAUCUACUUUUUGACAAACUUGUUGGAUGUAUCACUUUGCAUAGUUUCUUAUCGAUCUCUGUUAAUCAGUUGAGAUAUCAUUCGACUUUUGGAUUUUAAAUUUUUAUUCAUUCCGAACCAUUUUUGACCGUCUUAUGGACUUCCAGUACAAUUGACUUUCUCCAAUUAACUAGACAAAAUGACCCUUCUUUGAUCUUCGAUUAUGAAGGCCUCCAUUGAUUGAAUUAUUUAAUUCAUGUAAUCACGAAAAGCAAUCUGCAUUUAUUUUGCUGACCAAAUGCUAUUAUUUUUUUGAUAAAAUGACAAAUUCAAGAAAACAAGUAUUUUCUUCGAUUCGAACAUAAUAAUGUUAUCUUUUUAAUUCUGAGAAUUUUUCAUUUUCAUAUUAAAGUGAUGUAAAUAACCAUGAAA